UCCUUAACAAGUGAGGCGUUUUAAAUUUAGUUGAAAGCAUGAUGGGACCGUUGAGUUGUGGUGUUUCCUGUUGUUUGUUCUUCUUUCAAGUGUAAACCAAACUUUUCUGAGAUUUUGGAGUAACCCAGUUGGUUUUUUUUUUGUUUGAAUCUUUGAAAUGGUUUCAUUUGUGAGAAUAGUGAUGGGACUCUCUUCUUUUCCAGCCAAAGUUUGAGGCACUUCAGAGUUUCAAAGUUCAACUCAGCUUGUUCAAUUGUGUUACAGAUAAUUCACUUUCUUCUACAUAGGGAAGUGAAAUGGAUAGGAUUCAGGAUAAGGCAGAUGAAAGUAAUAAAUCUCAGCGUUCCUCAUCUUCAGUGGUAGCUCUAGCAAUCAAGGGUAACAAGAAAAGCAAAUAUGUGGUACAAUGGGCACUUAAUAAGUUUGUUCCUGAGGGAAUGAUUAUCUUCAAGCUGAUACAUGUCCAUGCUGGUAUAAAAGGAGUUCCGACACCAAUGGGAAAUAUGAUACCUCUUUCACAAGUGCGAAAUGAUAUAGCAACUGCUUUCAGAAAGGAAGUGGAGUGGCAAACAAAUCAAAUGCUUCUACCUUUUAAGAAAAUGUGUGAGCAGAGAAAGGUGCAUGUAGAUGUUGUACCGAUUGAAUCAGAUGAUGUGGCAACUGCAGUAGCAGAGGAAGUAGCUAAGGGUGCUAUAACUAAACUUGUUGUUGGAGCUUCAUCUCGUAGCUUAUUUACAAGUAAACAGAAGGGUAUGUCAGCGAAAAUCUCAGUAUCCACUCCAAGAUUUUGUACAGUUUAUGCUGUUUCAAAAGGAAAAUUGUCCAUACGGCCAUCGGAUGUACAGAUUGAUGGAAGCAUUAUAGAUGAUGCUAGUGAAACCAGUUUUUCCUCCAACAGCCCAUCAAACUAUGCUUCCACCUCUCAGACAGAAACUGGCUCAAUUGCAUCAUACGCUACUUUACAUUCCUCUUCCCUAGCAACGCAGCGAUUUCAAGCUCUUUCAAGUAUAAAUCAGACCCUUCUAAGCACAUCUCCUGGCUUAAAUGAAACUAAACAUUCUAGAGGUCAGUCUGUAGAUCUUGGGAGAGAAAUUGCUGCUACAAGUUCUGCCAGACACUCGGAUAUUGAUUCUGCUCUGAGUCGGGCCUCUAGUUGCAAAAGCAUUAUUUCAGACACUGAAUCUUGGAUUUAUGAUCAAAUUUCUGGCAAGGAUGUGUCACUAGCAACUGAACCUCCGUCACCUAAUAGGCAGGCAAAUAUUAACCUUGAGCUGGAGAAGUUGAGAAUUGAACUAAGACAUGCCCAAGGAAUGCAUGCAUUAGCUCAAAGUGAGAACAUUGAUGCAUCACGAAAGCUGAAUGACCUAAACAAGAGGCGAUCAGAAGAAUCCAUGAAAAUGAAGGAGAUUAUUGCUAAGGAGGAGAUGGCCAAAGAAUUAGCAAGACAAGAGAGAGAGAGACAUCAAGCUGCAGCAAGAGAAGCUGAAUAUUUAAAAGAAUGUGCUGAAAGAGAAGCUGCAGAAAGAAAAGAAACGGAGUUGAAAGCUGUUCAUGCCGCCAAAGAGAAAGAAAAGCUCGAAGAUGCUCUAACUGGUUCCAUGCCCCAGUACCGCAAAUUUACAUGGGAUGAAAUAGUCUCAGCUACUUCAUCUUUCUCUGAAGAUCUUAAAAUUGGAAUGGGAGCAUAUGGAAUUGUGUAUAAGUGCACUUUGUAUCAUACUACUGUUGCUGUUAAAGUUCUCCACCCUAAUGGAAACCGCAAAAGCAAGCAAUUCCAGCAGGAGUUAGAGAUAUUGAGCAGAAUUCGUCAUCCAAACUUGCUUCUUCUUCUUGGCGCAUGUUUUGAUCACGGAUGCAUUGUAUAUGAAUAUAUGGAGAAUGGUAACUUGGAGGAGAGACUACUCCGGAAAAACAGUACUCCCCCAAUCCCAUGGUUUGAGAGGUAUCGAAUAGCUUGGGAAAUUGCAUCAGCUCUUGCAUUUCUUCACAGCUCAAAGCCAGAACCUAUUAUCCAUCGCGAUUUGAAACCAGCAAACAUCUUGCUCGGUCGUAAUCUUGUCAGCAAGAUUGGUGAUAUUGGCCUUUCUACUGUGCUCCAUUCAGAUAAUUCAUCUACCAUGUAUAAGGACACAGAACCUGUGGGAACACUAUGCUACAUAGAUCCUGAGUAUCAAAGAACUGGGUUGAUAUCUCCAAAAUCUGAUGUUUAUGCUUUUGGAAUGGUGAUCUUACAGUUAUUGACAGCAAAACCAGCAAUAGCACUUACUCAUGUGGUUGAAACAGCAAUUGACGGAGGAAAUUUGGCAGAUAUAUUGGAUCCAGAAGCAGGAACUUGGCCAUUUCAAGAGACGCUAAACUUGGCUCGGUUAGGACUGAGCUGUGCCGAACUUCGGCGUAGAGACCGGCCUGAUUUGAAAGAUCAUGUUCUUCCAACACUAGAGAGAUUGAAAGAAGUUGCUGCUAGGAGCCAACAUUCUGCUCCAAUAGUUACUGUUAAAUCCAGAUCUCCUAAUCACUUUAUCUGUCCAAUACUUCAGGAUGUGAUGGAUGAUCCUUGUGUUGCUGCGGAUGGAUAUACAUAUGAUCGCAAAGCAAUUGAAAAGUGGCUUCAAGAUAACGACAAAUCACCAAUGACAAAUAUGGCUUUGCCUCAUAAGAAUCUGAUUCCUAAUUACACACUUCUGUCAGCAAUUAUGGAGUGGAAGUCCAGAGAAAUAUGAUAUCAGCAUUAUCUUUCUCAAUGUUGAUAUUGAGUCAAAUGAUUUAUCUAAUGUAGCUUGGCUAAAAAAUUAGUUUGUAUCUUGAGCCUGCUGUUUUGGUUAAUUUAGGGUGAUUGAUUUUCAAGCGUAAAUAAAUUUAAUUCUAUUUUGGGAUUCUAUGAUUUAUGUACUUGAUGGAUGCAUUUAAUGCUUAGAGGGAGAUAUAAGGGGAAGGACACUAUAAAUAGAACAGUACAAUACGGUAUUAGUGGUUGAGUUACUGUACAGUUUUUUUUGUGUUAGUUGUUUGAUUACCAAGCACAAGAUUGCAAAUUUGGUAAUAUCUAUGAAUAAUGUAAAAUUUAUUAUGGUACUCUUUGUGUUGUGCAUUGUUCUCCCUGCAAUAAAGCUGCGACAA